AUGGACGACUUGAUACCGAAUCUGCGAGACGAGCGUGUGCAGGGCGCCGUUAAGAAUCUUCUUGUGUACAGCAUCGUCAUUCUGUUGGUUCCUCUUGGGUCAAUGUUUCUCCUGAAGCGAUAUCUGUUCGAAGUUCUCUUUGGUUACUCAGCAGAUGACGCACUGACCUACUCCGCUAUCAUUGCUGUAAUUCUUGUGCACGUGGUUCUCUGUUUUUGGCUCUUCACUGCAAGCAAAGAAGAGGACAAGAGAACAAUAAAGAAACAAGACUAG